AUGUUUGAGGAGUUCCGCACAACGAACUUGCAGACACAGUCUGCUACGCCACUGGACCAAAGGAACAGAGACCUCUUCCAGGCGUACCUCCAUGCGACCUUGAACGUCAGCAAAUCCGAGUGGAUCGCCCAGAAGCUCAACCCAUGUGUGAGAGCGCUUCUUACUCGCUUUGAACACACUGAGCGGGGAGACCUGGUUGAGAACACGGUUCUCCAGGACGUCUUCGCCAAAUGGCGGGCAGAGAAGGAUCAGCUGCUGAGCCCAAAGCCCACAAAGCCGAUGCCGGUGACUGAGGAGGAUAAGUUGUGGGAAGCCCCUGAUGCCGCAGAUGCUGCCGACAUCACGAAGCUCGCUGCUACCAUGGAUGUCAGUUCCAUUGCGGACUGUGUGAACGACGUGGUCACCCAGGUUGCGGACGGGAAGGUCUCCUACGAUCUCCCUGGCACAGUGGCCCUAGUGGACGAGGGGGAAUACGAAAACCCCAUUCCUUCAACAAUGGGCAGAGUGAUUGAGCCUGUCGCGCCGAAGCCAACCAAGAAGUUUGAUCGCGACGAAGAUGCUCUGCGUAAGCUCAUGUUCGUUGAUGAAAGCGCCCCGCAAGCGGCUGCCGCUGUGCCAGAAAGGUUGUCGAACGAGUACUUCUGUAAUGGUGUCAAGCACCAGAUGAAGCCGUUCAACCCCGAGGACAUCGUCGGAGACAAGUCCGUGUGCUUCAAGCACGGUGAUUUGAAGUUCCUCACCAAACUCCUUCGGGGGCACGAGCUGGACGACUUUCCGUUGGUCUUCGACCGCGGAUGCUGGACCGAUGUGGAUGCCCUCUUGCAGACCUUCAACACCGCCAGGGGGGCCAGAUGGGGAAUCCGCCAGCUGGUUCGGGCAGCGAAAGCGGACAACAAAGGCAGGAUCCGGCUGCUCGGGAUCGACGUCCCUAUGAGGGAGACGAUAGGACAGCCGCUCUUUCCAGUGAGGAUCCGCAUUGCUCAGGGCCACAACGAGAAGCUCGUCGGGAACAACCCCGACGCCGAUUUCUUCCUGGAAGACACGCCGGCCAAGCUCUACCACAGGACCAAUGAGCGAGGCAUGAACGGCAUACUUCGAGACGGCAUGAUCCCCGGCUCGGCGAGGUCCAACCGAGCGCACAACUAUCUCUCGCCUUAUCGUCUUGACGAUACCAAGUACAAGAGUGGCAUGAGAUCCAACCAGCCGGUCGAGCUCGCAGUUGACACCCAACGCGCCAUCAAUGCAGGCUGCGUAUUCUUCGUUACGGAGACUGAUGGUGUCCUCACUCGCGACACGAUUCCCCCGGAUUGCAUCCUCACGGCCGUGGACACCAGCGAGAAGAACCUUCCUCUCUAUGUCGCGGAAAACAAAGAAGCCACCCACGAGGGUGAGCCAGGGCACAUUUUCCGUGCUAAGCGUGACUAUGAGGAAGCAGCAAGCUCAUCAUCGGCACCACCGCCAAAGCAGGUGGCAAGUGCUCCAAAGGCAGUGGCUUCGAAGAAGAUGCCGAAGGUGGCUCCCAAGCCCGAAGUGAUCGUUGAGGAAGACGUGACCAUGGACUUGGAUGAAGCCACCCGCAAGGGUGAGCCUGCUGAUGCUGCUGGUUCCGCCCCCGAAGAAGAGGGCGACACGACUGACGCGGGUGAAGAUGAGGCAUUCCCUCUUGGAUCGCACCCAUGCGCGGCAUGCUCCGCCGUGGUCGCCAAUGGGAUGCUGUUCUGCCUCCGCUGCAAAGCGCCGCAGACAAGUGAUUCGGCAAAGGUAAUCAAAAGGGUCUAUGAGAACUCACGCCUUCGACAGCCCAUUCUCGCAACAGCUGCAGCAGGCGCUCAGAAGCCAAUCGAAGAACUCCUCACAAGCGAUCUUCGUGGCAUUGGUGAUGGCCCCAAAAAGCGAGGCCAGAUGAUGAGUGCUGAAGCCGCUGUCAUUCGGGAUGCGAAAGAUCGCAAACAGCGAUCGGUGAGGAUGAACUAUGCCUCGGUCUCUGAGCGCUUCGAGGGUGACGACCAAUUCCGCAUGAGGAUGAUGCAAGAAGGAUCAAGAAGGACGCAGCCUGGAGGAUAUGCAGAAGUUCGACUACCUCGCUGCAGCAGUGCUCCCCGAUCCGGGACGCUCCGAAGAGCAGCGGCACCUCCGCGCUGGAGUUCAUUACAGCACCACCGGUGGCGCUGGUGGCAUUCCUCCUGCGAAGCUCGUCUUCUUUGCCCACUGCGAAUGGAGCCGUUGAGAACAUUGCGGUUUAUCGACAAUACCGCGGAUGUUCCAAUCGGCCUCACAUACAUGGGUGCCUUUCUCUCGCCGAAGCUGUUCUCCGAGAUCGCCGCUGUCAAUGAUGCCGCGAGGCGCAUCCUCACCUUCGAUGGCGAAGUUCGACUGAACUCAACGAACGCUGAAGGGAUUGCCGCUGAGCUGGCCCAGAUCAUGUGUGAUAGUCGCCGCAGCGCCGAAGGCCAGACUCGCGAGACUGAGCGCUUGGCUGAUCAAAACCGCCAAGCUGCAGCUCGCAAUCGCCCCUCCCAAACGGGACGCGGUCAAGCGGCUGAGCCUAUGUAUCUCGGGUAUACUCAGGCCCAAUGGGACGAGCAUUACCGCCAGCAGCGUCGCGGCCAGUACACGCAAGCCGAGUGGGAUGCCUGGAAUCGCCGUAUCAUGCGGGCGAUUUACCAGAAAGGUGAUGCCAAGCUUCGGCAUUUGGUGCAAAGCCACGGAGCCAAGCGAUGGGCGCAGCGAAUAUCAGGCAGCAAGGACGUGGCGCAGUGUGGCAUCUACCGUCAAGCUCAUAACGAGAAGGUGACUAUCGACGAGCUCAGUCAAGAGGCACAAAGCCUCCUGGAGGAGCUUCAGAAGUCUUCCGAAGGCGAGAAGGAUGAUCCCGAUCUGGAGUGGCGAUUGAACGAGAAGCUGGUGGAGGUUGUGGAUGCCCUUGCCGCAGCAGAUGAAAGUGGCCCCGGUCGUCUUGCCCCGGCAGAGGGCCUUUUCGCUUUGCGCGACCUCUUGAAAAAGCUGGGCCCUCAAACAACAUGCACCAAUAGUUCGUGGCCUCGAUACAAGCUCGCGAGAACUGCAGCGCGUGGCCUUCAAUUUUACUCACGUGGCAUGCCCAGCGCAACUUCUGUCGCCACGAUCAGGACUGAAAGGGGAAGCAUUGACGAGGAGCGCUGCACCGCCUUUGAAUUGGAGAAGGCAGCUUUGCUCGCGAGCGAUCGCCCAGGGACGCUAGCAGCCGCUUGA